CGACGGCGCGGCGCCAUGGAGGGCAGCCCCAUCCCGGUGCUCACGGUGCCCACGGUCCCGUUCGAGGACCAGAAGCCGACGGGCGGCGGCGGCCUCCGGAGACCCACGGCUGUCUUCGAGAGUCAGCGCAACUACCUGCCCAACUUCGUGCAGAGCGUGCUGUCGUCCGUCGACCUCCGCGACCGCCAGGGCUGCACCAUGGUGGUGGGCAGCGACGGCAGGUACUUCAGCCGGACGGCCGUCGAGCUGGUGGUGCAGAUGGCGGCGGCCAACGGGAUUGGAAGAUUGGUUAUUGGUCAGAAUGGCAUCUUAUCCACCCCUGCUGUUUCUUGCGUUAUCAGAAAGAUAAAAGCAGCCGGUGGGAUUAUUCUAACUGCUAGUCACUGCCCUGGAGGACCUGGAGGAGAAUUUGGAGUUAAGUUUAAUGUUGCCAAUGGAGGACCAGCACCUGAUGUUGUUUCUGACAAAAUCUACCAGAUCAGCAAAACCCUUGAAGAAUAUGCCAUUUGUUCAGACCUGAGAAUUGACUUAUCUCGGCUAGGAAGACAAGAAUUUGAUUUGGAGAACAAAUUCAAGCCUUUCCGUGUUGAAAUAAUAGAUUCGGUGGAAGUCUACCUCAAUCUUUUACGGACUGUCUUUGACUUCAGUACCAUCAGAGGGUUGCUAACAGGGCCAAAUCAACUUAAGAUCAGAAUUGAUGCCAUGAAUGGAGUGAUGGGUCCCUAUGUCCGGAGAAUCCUGUGUGAUGAAUUAGGAGCUCCUGCUAAUUCUGCAGUUGACUGUGUUCCUUUGGAGGAUUUUGGUGGUCAGUAUCCUGACCCAAACCUGACAUACGCCACUUCUUUGUUGGAGGCAAUGAAAGGAGGAGAGUAUGGCUUUGGAGCUGCUUUUGAUGCUGAUGGAGACCGCUAUAUGAUCCUAGGUCAAAAUGGUUUUUUUGUGAAUCCUUCAGAUUCAUUGGCCAUCAUUGCUGCCAAUCUCUCCUGCAUUCCAUAUUUCCGCCAGAUGCCCGUGCAUGGGUUUGGUAGGAGUAUGCCUACUAGCACAGCAUUGGACAGGGUGGCAAAAUCAAUGAAAGUCCCCGUGUAUGAAACACCAGCAGGCUGGAGGUUCUUCUCAAAUCUGAUGGAUUCUGGUCGAUGCUCGCUUUGUGGAGAAGAAAGCUUUGGCACUGGAUCCGACCACAUUCGAGAGAAGGACGGACUUUGGGCUGUCCUAAUUUGGCUGUCAAUCAUAGCAGCUCGAAAACAGAGUGUGGAAGAGAUUGUCCGAGAGCACUGGGCAAAAUUUGGCCGCCACUACUACUGUAGAUUUGAUUAUGAAGCUCUGGAUCCCAGGACAGCAUAUUUCAUAAUGAGAGACCUGGAGGCUUUGAUCACUGACAAAUCUUUCAGUAAUCAACAAUUUGCUGUUGGAAGCAAUGUCUACAGUGUGCAAAAAGCAACCAGCUUUGAAUAUGUGGAUCCCGUUGAUGGGACUGUGACCAAAAGACAGGGGCUAAGGAUAAUUUUCUCGGAUGCAUCCAGACUCAUCUUCAGAUUAAGUGCUUCUAGUCAUGUGAGAGCCACUCUCAGGAUCUAUGCAGAAAGCUAUGAAAAGGACCCCAACAAACAUGACAAAGAACCGCAGGCUGUGCUGAGUCCUCUCAUAGCAAUUGCGCUGAAAAUAUCCCAGAUUCAUGAGAGGACAGGUCGUAAGGGUCCUACCGUCAUCACCUGAACCAAGGAAAGAUCGUUAACCCCGGGCCAAAAUUGAGAAGGGAAGAGAGAAGACUUGUCAAAUCAUAUUCAUUUUUUUGCCUUAUAUUAUUCAAAGGGCUUGAGGGAGGUGGGAGGGAGCAAAAUUCAGUGCUGGCCAUACUCUGCUAAGACAGCAGUGCAUUUGCUUCUGUGCUAUGGCUUCAGCAUCUUAUUGUACACAUAAAUAACAAAAGAGAAAAGUUUGUUUUGUAUUCAGACUCAGUUAUUGCAAAAUGCCAGUGUGGCAGAAAAAUCUCAUGCUCUGCAUUUGCAAAACAGGAGCAGGCUGCAUACUCUGCAAUCUAGCCUUUUGAGAAUCCUCAGCUUUAAUUCAAAAAGAAAGUACUCUUAUGUUAAGUAUGGAAAUGUUCUGUUAUGCUUUGAAAAGGCUCAAAAGCAAAAGGAAUUGUUUUCCAAACCCAGUUUGGGAAGGGGCAAUUUUGAACUAGAAACAGGGCUGUCGGUCACUGCAGCUGACUGGAAGACUCAGCUGCUGAGAGGUGACUUUCAGUGCUCAAGAUGCCAGGCACCACACAAAGCAGUGUGUCAAUGAAUGUGUGAAAUCAAUGCCAUAUAUGCAGGAGCUGCACAUGGGGCUGUUCUAAUCCUUACUGGCACGUGUAGCCCAACCUUCUGCAUGUAUCCUUAGAGCUGUGUAAGCAGGGGCAGAGGAAGCC